AUGUGCAGCUCCCGCCGUGAGACCGCCGGGUCAACAGUUGUCCAGGGCCGUGAAGUCCUACCUACAAAUGUCAAACCCCAGCAUUAUGAUUUGACUCUCGAACCCAACUUUGAGAAGUUCACAUAUGAGGGAACAGUUGUCAUCGACCUCGAUGUGAACGAAGACACCGAUUUCGUCACCCUCAAUUCCAACGAAAUCGAAAUUCACAGCGCAAUUAUCUCGGCGAAAGGCUCGGUGGUAGACUCCAAGCCCGAAAUUUCUUUCAAGAAGGAUGAUCAGACCGCAACUAUCAAAUUCGGUCAGGCUAUCUCUGCGGGGUCAGAUGCUCAGUUGAAGCUCACCUUCACUGGCAUUCUCAAUGAUAACAUGGCCGGAUUCUACCGAUCUUCAUACAAGGAGAAUGGCGAGACUAAGUACAUUGCAUCAUCUCAGAUGGAGCCCACGGAUGCCCGUCGGGCUUUCCCUUGUUUUGACGAGCCUGCUCUCAAGGCCAAGUUCACUGUGACUUUGGUCGCAGAUAAGAGCAUGACUUGCUUGAGCAAUAUGGAUGUUGACACUGAGACUGAGGUCCAGGGUGGUGCGAAGAAGGCUGUGAAAUUCACCACUUCGCCCCUCAUGUCCACCUAUCUCGUUGCUUUCAUUGUUGGAAACCUCAACUACAUCGAGACAAAGAACUUCCGGGUCCCCAUUCGCGUAUACGCCACCCCCGAUCAGGAUAUCGAGCACGGUCGUUUCUCAUUGGAGCUUGCUGCCAAGACUCUAGCCUUCUACGAGAAGGCCUUUGAUAGUGAUUUCCCGCUGCCAAAGAUGGACAUGGUCGCCGUGCCUGAUUUCAGCGCGGGAGCCAUGGAGAACUGGGGUCUGAUCACAUACCGUAUUGUCGAUGUGCUAUUGGAUGAGAAGAACAGUGGCGCGUCUCGAAAGGAGCGUAUUGCUGAGACCGUUCAGCACGAGCUGGCCCACCAGUGGUUCGGAAACUUGGUCACUAUGGACUUCUGGGAUGGACUCUGGCUCAAUGAGGGCUUCGCAACCUGGAUGUCGUGGUACUCUUGCAACGUCUUCUACCCAGAGUGGAAGGUUUGGCAGACUUACGUUAUCGACAACCUGCAGAGCGCUCUUUCCCUUGACUCGCUGCGCAGUAGUCACCCCAUUGAGGUGCCUGUCAAGCGUGCUGAUGAGAUCAACCAGAUUUUCGAUGCUAUCUCCUACUCCAAGGGUUCAUCUGUCCUGCGCAUGAUCUCCAAGUAUCUGGGCGAAGACGUCUUCCUUCAGGGUGUCCGCAACUACAUCAAGAAGCACGCCUACGGUAACACCGAAACCGGUGAUCUGUGGGCUGCUCUUGGUGAUGCUAGCGGAAAGCCUGUGCAGUCGGUCAUGGAUAUUUGGACCAAGAACGUUGGCUUCCCUGUCCUCAGUGUCACGGAAAACAAGGAAAACUCCUCCAUUCACGUAAAGCAGAACCGUUUCCUGCGCACCGGUGACGUUCGCCCCGAGGAAGAUCAGACCCUCUUCCCUGUGAUGCUCGGACUGCGCACUGAGAAGGGUGUCGAUGAAGACACUAUGCUGACGGAACGUGAGCGUGACUUCCCCAUUCCUGACCUGGACUUCUUCAAGCUCAACGCCGACCACUCUGCUAUUUUCCGCACGUCAUACAGUCCCGAGCGCCUCAAGAAGCUCGGACAGGCUGCUCGUGAGGGUCGUCUGACCGUCGAGGACCGUGCCGGCAUGAUUGCCGACUCGGGUGCCCUCGCUGCUUCUGGUUUCCAGCGCACCUCUGGUAUGCUUUCCUUGCUUCAGGGCCUUGACACUGAGUCAGAGUUUGUCGUGUGGAAUGAGAUCCUGACCCGUAUCGGCACCCUGCGCGCUGCUUGGCUCUUCGAGGAUGACAAGACAAAGGAUGCCCUCAAGGCCUUCCAGCGCUCGCUGGUUGGUCCCAAGGCCCACGAGAUCGGUUGGGAGUUCCCCGAGAACGACGACCACAUUCUGCAACAGUUUAAGGCCCUCAUGUUCGGCUCUGCCGGUAUGGCCGAGGACCCGAUUGUUGUCAAGGCCGCCUUGGACAUGUUCGCCCGCUUCGCUGCUGGCGACCUCUCCGCUAUUCACCCUAACAUCCGCGGCAGCGUUUUCACCAUUGCUCUGAAGCACGGCGGUGCCAAGGAGUAUGAAGUGGUACUGGACCGGUUCCGCCACGCCCCAACUUCAGAUGAGAAGACCACUGCUUUGCGUUGCCUCGGUGCCUCUGAGGAUCCCAAGCUUAUCUCCCGCACUCUUGGCCUUGCCAUGAACGAGGAGGUCAAGAGUCAGGAUAUUUAUAUGCCUCUUGGUGGCCUCCGCAGCCACCCAGCUGGUAUUGAGGGCCGCUGGGAUUGGCUCAAGUCCAACUGGGAUGACAUCUACAAGCGUCUUCCUCCCGGUCUUGGCAUGCUGGGCACUGUUGUCCAGCUGACCACUGCCAGUUUCUGCACUGAGGCACAGUUGAAGGACGUUGAGGACUUCUUCGCCUCUAAGGAUACUAAGGUUUGUGACUUUACCAAGCCCUCCCCGAAUUUUACUCUGAAAAUUCAUCUUUUUGUAAAAUUUACUAACUCGGAUCUUUCUUUGCAGGGCUUCGACCGUGCUGUUGAGCAGAGCCUCGACUCCAUCCGUGCCAAGAUCAACUGGCUCAAGCGUGACCGCGACGAUGUUGAGCAGUGGCUGAGCAGCAACAGCUAUCUCCAGAGCAAGCUGUAA